AUGAGUCAGGUGAUCGGCUUCGUGAGGAAGCUCGGCCUGGAGGUGGCACCCCAGAAGACUCAAGCAGUCCUCUUCUACGACAGGAAGAGGGGAUCGCCGCUUCCGGCCGAGAUUCAGGUGGGAACUACUUCGAUCCGUGUGGGGCUCCAGAUGAAAUAUCUGGGCUUCACAAUUGACGGCCUCUGGGAGUUUGGCGCUCAUUUUGAGCAGCUGACUCCCAGGUUGGGUAGGUUGACUGAUGCCCUCGCGGGCAUCAUGCCCAACCUCCACGGCCCUGGUGUGGCAGCGCGGCGGGGAUAUAUGCAUGCCGUCCUGGCGGCGCUCCUAUACGGUGUCCCUGUAUGGGACAAUGAGUGCGCCGCCAACAGGGUCGUGAGGGCCGUCAGUCCCCAUCUGAAGAAGUGGAUUGAGAGAGGGCACGGUGCCCUCUUCUACCGUUUGACGCAGGUGCUCACCGGACAUGGGUGUUUCGGUGGGUACCUGCGGAGAAUAGGAAAGGAGCCGACUGCCGGAUGUCAUCAUUGCGACGCUAAAGAUGACUCGGCGUCGUAUACUGUUGAGGAAUGCCCGGCGUGGGCCUCGGAACGCGGGUCUCUCGCUGGGCACAUCGAAGAAGACCUCUCGCUGCCGGCUCUGAUAAGUGCCAUGUUGCGCAGCGAGAGGGAAUGGAAGGCGGUCUCCUCCUUCUGCGAGGCAGUAAUGCUCCGGAAGGAGGCCGAGACAGAGAGGGAGAGAAUAACACGAGGAGGGGAGGGAGGCGUCGACGUGUGGAGCGUGGUAGCGGUGCCGGUUUUCCGGCCCCCACUCAUGGCGUUGUGA